CCCAGUAUGGCAGAGAAACCUCAAAUCCAGCUCUUCGUGAAGGCAAGCGAGGAUGGGGAGAGCGUGGGCCACUGCCCCUUCUGCCAGCGGCUCUUCAUGGUGCUGCUGCUCAAAGGGGUGCCCUUCACCCUCACCACCGUGGAUGUGAAAAGGGCCCUGGAUGUUCUGAAGGACUUUGCUCUGGGUGCCCAGCUGCCAGUCCUGCUCUACAAUGGUGAGCCCAAGACCGACACCAUCACCAUCGAGGACUUCCUGGAGGACAAGCUGGGCCCCCCCCUGUUCCCCAGCCUGGUGCCCAGGUACAGGGAGUCGAGUCUGGCCGGGAACGACAUCUUCCACAAGUUCUCCAGCUUCAUCAAGAACCCAGUGCUUGCCCAGGAUGAGGCACUGCAGCGGAGCCUUCUGCGGGCACUGCUGAAGCUGGAUGAGUACCUGAGUGCCCCCCUGGAGCACGAGCUGGCACAGGACCCCCACCUCCAGGCCUCCCAUCGCCGCUUCCUGGAUGGGAACCAGCUCACCUUAGCUGACUGCAACCUACUGCCCAAGCUCAACAUCAUGCAGGUCGUGUGCCAGCAUUACCGAGGCUUUGGGAUCCCCAAAGAGCUGCAGGCUGUGUGGCAGUACCUAGGUAGUGCCAACCAGACCAAGGAGUUCAAAUACUCCUGCCCCAGCAGCGAGGAGAUCAUCCAGGCCUACCGUGCCGUGGUCCGGGCACCGCAGUGAGAUGGGCACGCACUAAGGUGGC